AUGCCUCGAUUACCAGUGCUUGUGGAUGGCGAUUGUGAUUCACGUUUCAAUGCUGUGAAACAAGCGUUCAGGGAGAAUUUCGAACGGGGCUGGGAAUCUGAAGGAGCCGCUUUUGCGGUGUAUUUGAACGAUGAGAAGGUGAUCGAUCUGUGGGGUGGCUAUGCGGAUGCCUCAUCGAUGCGACGUUGGAAAUGGGACACAAUGACACUCCUUUUCAGCUCAACUAAG